AAUCGAGUAUCCUCGGAUACUCACGGAGGAUAUCGAUGAUCGGCAUCCUUGUCGAAGAAGCGAAACACGGUUUUGUUAAUAUUGUGUUUCAAAAAUUAUCCGAUUGAUCGCACGGUGAUUACGUGCAGCAACUGCUCGCGGCCGCUAUCGAUUGGAUUGUUAUCCGAAAGGGGUUUACAGAGAUACUGACAGAUGGUGACGGGUUAACGCCUGUACACACGUGUACUGAGCAAGCGCGAAAUCACGGCGGUGAUAGCAGACGAGCGCUUCGGUCAAACGAUAAUUUGUGCUUCGCGAACGAUGAGUGUCAACGAAGAUUUAACCUACACGUUCGGUCUGAGUCGCACGUGUUUGCGAUUGUUGGGCGUGUGGCCUGAUCCGCUUGUACCUUCGAGCGACAUUCGUCGGCCCAAUUUGCGAUUUAUGAUUGUCACAUGCAUCUUAAGCUUCUACGUGAUCAUACCGCAAUUGACCAACAUGAUUCGCGCGUGGGGUAACGAGACUCUGGUGGUGCAACACAUCGCAUCCGCGAAUUUUAGCUUGAUGGCAAUGUGCAAAUUGAUCAUCACCUUCUAUCACGGCGGAAAACUCCGGACGCUGAUCACGUCGGUCACGGACGAUUGGAUAACUUCUUCUAACAACAUCUGGGAACGAAACACAAUGCUGAAGCUCGCGAAACGCGGCAGAAGUUUGUCCUUUCGAUGUUACGCGCUGGCGACGAACGGAUACGCGUUCUACCUGUGCAUCAACCUCCUCAAGUUCUAUCGAAGCAUGCACGAGCCGCAACGACCUAUCGUCUACCGGUUCUCUUAUCCCUACAACGUUCAGAAGAGUCCGAAUUACGAAAUUACCUUCUUCAUUCAGCUCUCAGGCGGUGCGUACACAGGUCUCAUCAAUUGCACCGUCGACAGUUUUGUAUCGGCACUCGUGCUCCACGUAUGCGCACAAUUGACAAUUCUGCGAAAGAAGCUGAACGAUCUGGUCGACGAAUCCGCAUCUUCUUCGAGAUUCAAGAAAAGUCUGGCCGCGAUUGUCACGCGCCACGAACAUCUCAUUAGGAAUGCAAAGUUAAUUGACAACUGCUACAGCGAGGUGUUGCUCGUGCACAUGCUGGCGCUAACUUUUCAACUGUGUUUUCAAACCUUUCAAAUUCACACGAUGAUAACGGAACGGUUGGACGUGUCGAUUUUCAAACUAGGUUUUCUCACGUUGUACGUCGUUCUUGUGUUAUCGAACUUGUAUAUUUAUUGCUAUUCCGCCGAAAAGCUCGUGAAAGAGAGCACUAAUAUGGCGUACGGCAUGCACGAAUGCAAGUGGUACGAUUUGCCGCCGAAAGACGCGAAAGAUUUAAUGCUCAUUGUGCAUCGAUCCGCAGAUCCAUUAAAAUUGACGGCCGGAAAAUUUGGAACAUUUUCGAUCGAGAUGUUCGGAAUGACAGUGAAAACAUCAAUGGGUUAUUUAUCGGCGUUGUUGGCAAUGAAAGAUUGA